AGUACUAAAUAUUUACACAUAACAAAGUAAUAAUAAAAAUACAAUCAAAAUAAACACGUGGAGGAAGGGGGAAGCGCACCCUGCAAUCCUGUAUCUUUUUAAAAAGUACCCAAUCUAAGCAAUUUUUUUGUGUCAAAAAAGUUACAUGUAAAUGAGAAUUUAAAAAGUUUAUACAAAUAUUUAAAUAAUUGUACAAUUUGGUUUGAGAUAGGUUAGGUGUUUUGGGGACAAGCAUUCUUACUUUUGAUUAGUCGUUUGUAAUUUACGAGUUGCGCAGUGCAUUAUAUAUGAUAAAUUCAAAAUUACACACUUGAUAAAACGCGAGAACAUAAAUAAAGCACGCGUGAAAACUAUGAUAACCAAAUUUAUGGAUAUGAAAUAAUACCUCUUACACAUACAUUUAUACAUAGCUGUAUAAAUGUAUGUGUAAAUAAUUAUAUUCGCUCGAUGUAACAGAUUUCCUAACCUCUUACAAAUUGAUUUGUUCUAUCUCAACUACAUCUUUCAAUAGUCUCUCGUGUGCUGUGCUGUGCUGUGCUGAGGCAGCUGUGACAAGUGACUCAGCCUCUGAGUGCAGUUUACUUAAAUGUGAAAAAGGCAAUAUAUUGGAAAGGAGAAAUUUAAUUUAACAUACUGUAAACAAAGUGUUGCCGCACGUUGAUCAACAAAACUGUAAAAGUAAUAACUGUGCACUGUAAAAAUAAUCAAGAAGAAUGGUAGAACCACAAUUUAAAGAAGUAAAAUUUACCGUGCCCUGGGGUCAUGUUGCUGCUAAAACUUAUGGUCCUUCCGAAGGAAAGCCUGUUCUAAUGGUGCACGGUCGUUUAGAUAACGCAGGAUCGUUUACUAGAUUAAUGAAAUAUUUACCACUAGGUACUUUUUAUUACGUAUGCAUAGACUUACCUGGCCAUGGAUGGUCAUCGCACUUUCCAUCUUGGUUAGCACUGGACUAUCAGAUUUAUAUACACGCAUUAUAUUUUAUCUUAGAAGCACUGGGAUGGAAGAAAUGUAUUUAUAUAGGACACAGUAUGGGCGGACAGAUAGGUUUAAUGUUUAGUGCUCUUCAACCUCACAGAAUUGAGAAAUUAAUUGUUAUCGACUCAUUUCUUGGAAGUUAUAAUCAAAAUCCCGAUUUUAUAAUGCACCUUGCGAAUUCAUUUGCAUACACACUUGGAGCCAGUAGUAACAGUAUAAAACAAGAUGUACUUUACACUAAGGAAGAAAUACUACAUGCUUUGAAAACUCGGAGAAUUUAUACUUUAAAUUCAGAAGCUGCGGAUGCUUUAUUUGAGCGUGCAGUUACAGAAGUAAAUGGAAAGUACAAGUACAACAGGGAUGUAAGAUUAAAGAAUGCAUCAUUUUCAUUUAUAAGAAAUGUCGAUUCCAUAGAAUAUUUUCAUAAACUUUCGGUUCCAAUAUAUCUCUUUAUUGCAUCAAGUGGAAUAUUUUCUUCACAUAUGGAAGAACUCAAAUUAGUAUUAAAUAAAGAAAAUUCUAAACUCAAAUUACAAGCAAUUAAUGUAAAUGGCAAUCAUGAUGUCCAUAAUAAUAAUCCUGAAAAUGUUGGGCCACUUGUAUGUGAGAUAUUGAUUAGUGACUAUUCUAGUAAAUUAUAAAUGUUUAUAUUCUUGGUAUAUUUGAUCAUCUACAUUGUUAGAUUCCUUGACUUUUCAACAACUUUAAAUGGAAAGGGAAAUUAAUUUUUUCUAAGAAGGUGAAGGAUUCUAGAAGAUUCAAACGUGUAAAUAGUUUAAAUACUUAUAGUAUGUAAUUUAUCAAAUAUUUAAAGUAUAAUGAAAAUUAAUAAAGAUUAUAUAUUUCUGUUUUCAA